AUGGGAGCGAAUGCGACUUUGGACUCCCACCAUGAUGGCUCUCAAAUUCUCCCGACCAGUGGCGAAAGUGUCCCCGCAAGUGGUGAUAGUGUCCCCGCUACUAAAUGCCCUUUCCAUCCCCCGCGAAGUGAACCAAGGCCUGCUCCACAGACAAGCACAAAUAGUACUCAGAACUCGCUGCCAGGCCAUCUAAACUUGGACGCUAAUGCAAAUGAGGAACCUCUUGUUGAAGAAGAAGUUGACGACCCCCAUGAUGCUUCUGUGGCUCAGAGUCACAGAAGACGCAAGACUACAGAGUUUUGGACAGUUAAGAUCAUCGAUUCUGACGGCACAAUCAAGCUGGCAAAACUAAGCGUCAGGGAUGCUAUGGAACGGCCUAACGGAAGGAAGAUAAUGCUCAGGUUUAACAAUGCAAAGCAAACAAUUGGAGACGAAGAUAGAUUGUUGAGUGGUGUGCUUGGUCUACUGGGAUCUGAUUAUGGAAAAUUUUCCAUCUAUAGAAAAAGUUGGCGUCAGAUUACCACUAAAGACAAGGUUUAUAACAAAUGUGUCAAGCGAAGGAACUACAAGAAAAAUAUUUUGAAAAGUAUGGAGAAGUCUUGGAAGGAAACAAGGCUGAGGUUGUAUGAUCGUUUUUAUGAGCCAACAUUCACGACUGAACAAAAUCUUGAGAAUCGCCCGCCGGGAAUUGAUCGAGAGCAUUGGAGAUGGUUCCUUGACUAUCGCGCCGAAGCUGAGACGAAGGAGAAGUGCAGGAAAAACGCGGUCAAUCGAUCAAAACAACAAUAUACCCACACUGACGGUUCAAAAAGCUUUGCAAGGCAGAUGGAAGAAGAGGUUUUCGGAAAAGAGAAAUCGGGUAGAGUACCUAGUGUGGGUUUUGGACCGGCUCUUAGUCAACUCUUCGGUCCGAAUUCACAUGUGCCUAACAACAGAGUCCAACUAGAGGAGACUCAAAGGAAGCUGCUUGAACUGCAGGAAGAGUUGGAAGGCGAGAAGUUGAAGAGGAAGGCGAUGGACGACGAGGCAUCAGCAUAG